UUUUGAUAGGAGAAGGAAAAUUAAAGGUUGAUCUUCAUAUCAAUGUGUUUACAAGGUGUAUUUAGGUGCACGGUGAUUCUGUGUAUGUAGUUGUAAUAUCUUAUAUAACAAUGGCUUCCAGUAGACUUACCAUUGCCAAUGAUCUUGUUGAAAAGGUCAAUGAACUUCUACCUGAAGAUGAAAGACCCUUGAUAUUUGAAACAUUAAAAAGAUACCAGUCGUCUAUGGAUUUGAAACGGCUGAUAGAAGAUAUGAAGAUUGUACUUAAUGAGCCAACAAAGCUGGAGAUCUAUGAAUAUAUGAGGCCACUGAUACCACCUAAGCAUCAAUCAGAUUAUGAUAAAUUAGCACCAGCGCCACCUGGAAGAAAAUCAAGGGCAAUCACUCUGAGAAAACGUGCAAAUGAAAGCUUUGGAUUUGCAGUUAGAGGAGGUUUCGAGCAUGGAGUAGGUGUGUUUGUGUCUCAUAUAAACCCAGGUUCCCAGGCUGAACAGAAGGGGCUUAGGGUUGGAGAUGAGAUUGUGCGAGUGAAUGGCUACACCAUUGCAGAGGCUGUCCAUGAGGAAGUGCUUAAUCUGAUAAAAGGUCAAGACGAGAUUGAGCUGAAGGUCACAAAUAUUGGGAUGUUGCCUGUGAAAGAGAGUGCCACCGAUCCACUCACCUGGUCUUAUGUAGAGAAAGCCCAGCAAAGUGUUAAAGGAGCUCAGAAAAGUUCACACAGAGGGCAGGGAGUGAAGGCUCAAGAGGUGAAGCUGUUUGUUAAUCUGAGACAGACACCUUCUCUAGGCUGCAGAAUAGUAAGUGGGCCAUCAAACUACAGAGGCAUAUUUGUGGAGCAUGUCAAUCCAGGCACAAUUGGGGCUGAGGUGGGGAUAGAGGCAGGAGAUCAGAUUGUCGAUGUCAAUGGAACCAGUUUUCUUGGCAUCUCCCACCAAGAGGCAAUUGUAGCAUUAAAGAGCAGCAAAGAGCUGAACAUCACAAUAAGAAAAGGAGUGGGUUUUCCCCUGUUGUCAUCUGCUGGAGAGUCAAGUAAACCAAAGACCCAGGUGACACAAGCUCAGUUAGAGACCCCGCCCUCGAGGAGUGGGAGGUACGACUCGGACGAUUCAGGGGAUGAAAACACAGCGGUGUUAGAUAUGGGAUCAUAACACUGAUUCUGAUGAAAGAAUUAACACAAAAGUUUAUUGACACAAACUGCAUGAAAUGAUGUAGAUUUAGAUAUGAGUCUCACAUUUAUAUUUCAUUUCAGAUAUAUAUCAGUUUUAAAUUGGCACAGACAAUUGAUUGGAUGUCACAUGCAGUGUUUUUGUUUGAAAUUAUUGAUUGCUUUUGAACUUAUGAUUUCUUUUACCACAGAAAUGAAAACUGCCAGAAAAUCUCUUAAAGUUGAUCGAAAGUAAGGUUAAUUAAUACACAUUUUGGUGCCUUGAGUCUUGUUUUACACUUACAUUGUAUUUACUAAUUUUUGUUGUGAAUUUUAUUAUACUAAUCUUUUAAUAAUUAACACAAACUAGACUAUUAAAAAACUUUAGUUAGAUACACAUGUUAUUAACAUUUUAAAUUAAUUUUUAAUGUAACUGUCAUACAUGUGCUAAUGAGGUAACUUAGGUUCAACAUGAUCAUUUUGAUUUAAUAAAGAUAGAAUGAAGCUGAAAUUAAAACCACUUUGAAACAUUUUCUGCAAAUAUAAUUGAAGACGUAAAGUCAAAAUAUUUUCAUCUGACAUAUGCUUUUGUUCACAAAAACAGGAUUUUUUUUCUUUAGUGAUAAAAAGUGUUAAACUUAAUAUUUGCCCAUAUUUCUGUAGCUUACCAAUAAUCAUAGAGUAGUAAGCAUGUAGGUAAUUUGAUAAAAGGUAGAUUAUAUAAAUUUAUAGUAACAAUUUUGUUAUUUGUCAAUGAUGAUCAUAAUAUGAUAGAACGUGUAAAAGAUAGUGCAUGUGUAUCAGGAAUUGCUUUGGUUGAAACAUUUUAUUUUCGGAAUAAAAAUUUAUACUG